AUGCAGCAGGCACUAGGACCGUACGGAGGAGAUAAAUAUAGGCGAGCGCGGCCGGCCGCGGGGCGGGAGGAGCCGCCUGCCCCCGCACCCAUCCCUGCCCCCGCACCCAUCCGUCCCCCCGCACCCAUCCGUCCCCCCGCACCCAUCCCUGCCCCCGCACCCAUCCGUCCCCCCGCACCCAUCCCUGCCCCCGCACCCAUCCCUGCCCCCGCACCCAUCCCUGCCCCCGCACCCAUCCGUCCCCCCGCACCCAUCCGUCCCGCCGCCCGGGCGCCGCUGCCGCAGCUCUGCCCGGUCACGGCCUCGCUGCUCAUGGGCAGCGCCGCGGCCGCCCGCGCCCCGGAGCUGCUGGAGCGGGCCGGAGUCACCUUCUGCGUCAAUGUCAGCAGGCGGCAGCCCCCGCCCGGCCGCGUCCCGGCGCUGCGAGUGCCCGUGUUCGAUGACCCGGCCGAGGACCUGCACCGGUACUUCGAGGAGUGCGGCGAGGCGAUCGCAGCGGCCGUGAGGAGCGGCGGCAGGUGCCUCGUUUACUGCAAGAACGGCCGCAGCCGCUCCGCUGCCGUCUGCACGGCGUAUCUGAUGAGGCACCGGCAGCUCUCGCUCAGGGACGCGUUUCAGGCUGUGAAGGCUGCCAGACCUGUAGCAGAACCCAACGCAGGAUUCUGGUCUCAGCUGCAGAGGUACGAACAGGAGCUGCAGCUCCAGAAGCUGCCUGAGCUGCCGAGCAAAGGAUUCCCAACAGCAACGGGUGAAGAUGUUUUUAAAGGGAGUUAA